AUGCCAUCGUCAGAAUCGUCCGACGUUGUUAUCGGCAUCGAUCUCGGCACUACCUACUCGUGUGUUGCCGUCUUUCAGAAUGGAACGGUGGAGGUCAUCGCAAACGACCAGGGCAAUCGGACCACACCGUCCUACGUGGCCUUUAACGACAAGGAGAGGUUGAUAGGCGAGGCUGCUAAAAAUCAGGCCGGCACGAAUCCCACCAACACCGUAUACGACAUAAAGCGCAUCAUAGGUUUAAAGAACGACGAUCCUAAUGUGCUCGAGGAAAUCGAGAACUGGCCGUUCGAGGUUAUCAGCGGCGAGGACGACAAACCCAGGAUAAACGUGAUGUAUCGGGGCGAGCCGAAAUCCUAUUCUCCCGAACAGAUAUCGUCGAUGGUCUCUAAAAGAAGAACUAGUGGAUCACGGAGUCGAAUCAAAGGGAUCCGCAGAGGAGCGUGGAAGUCAGCAUCUGUCCGUCUCUCCUGUAGAUCUGCCGACCUUCGUCUAUAG